AUAAAAUUACUAGAAUAGCAUUAUAGGCUGACUGUUAAAAAUUACCGUACAGUUGCCAUGAGCACCAGAAUUCAACAAAAGCAGAAAGAACCGACAACUUCACUGCUUGAUUCUGUGUUUUAUCAAAGCGCGUUGAGAGUGAAUCGGCUCGAAGAUAAUAAGUUGAAGAAAAUCCAAUUGAAGAUAGAAAAUGAUUUUGAAAGACAAUUUAAUUAUCACAAUACGGCAAGUACCAACGCGUACGAUUGGGCGAUGAAUAUGAGGCAAACUACUGGGCGAACGUAUCGAUCAAACCCUGCCAGAAUGAGAAAUAUUCAAAGUCGUCCUAAGACUGUACCUGAAACAAGACCUACAUGUUGCGUCAUGUAUGGCAUGAUAAUGGGAGAAAGGCCUGUCUUACUGAAACACUUCCUUGGAAGAAAAGCGAAAAAGAGAAAAGUAGAAAACGGAAAUGAAAAUGAAAAUGAGAGUAAAGCUAUGGAAGGACAUCGAAAUGUAACAAGCGCACCAAUUGGGGAAAAGAGAGUACAGACACCUCUAACAAGAGUAUCAAUAUCUCAAAAUAAAAAUAGACGCCAUGAAGUCGUCAAACCUACUUUAUCUAAAUCUUUACUUAUCGAAGAAGCAGAGGAAUACAAAACUUUUAUGUACGAUAAUAAACUUGUAACUCAGGUACCGAUUGGAUAUUCGAGAUCAAGCUCCCGGCCCCACACAAGUUUUGUUUCUCACACAAGCGAAAUGUUACGACCCGAAAAUACGAAAGUACCUAAUUAUUAUACUUUAAGAUACAAGUACGUCCUGCCACCUAUUUGUAUGUUUAGGUAGUGAAUCUAAUGAUUUUCUCAAUUUUCAAUGUGUUUAAAAAACCAUAAAUAUUUAUGUCAAGAAAAUUUUAUUCGUGAAAUACUUAAACAUUUGAUAAACAGUGAAACACUUAAACAUUUGACUCUAAAAUUAAUCGUUUUAAUUUUUAUCCUGCCUAUUUGAAAUAUAUAUAUGUUUAUACCUAUAAUGUUAUUAUUACAAACACGCCGAUAUCACAACAUGAAUAUUUAAAUAUUGCUGCCUCGCUUCGAUAUUAUAUAAACAACGAAAUCUCCUUCUUUGUGACUUCACUUGUGCAUCAAAAGCAAUCGAAAGUAGUCCAUGUGACUCGGCGUGUAGGGUGGUUCACAUAACCGCUGGCCGGUUACGGCUUCCUACACCCUUAAGUCCGUGCAUCUGAAAACAAAUAACUGUUUUGGCUGAUUAAUACCAUAACCCGACAUGUAUUGGUAUCCGGACGAGAGGCCGCAGUUCGCCAUAUAAUUAAGCCGGUUUCAUUACAUUUG